CGCCAUUUAACCAACGAAGAAGAACGCCGUCGCUCUUUAUACAAAUGUCGUUUCCGCUCGAGGGAGAAAUACAACGCCACAAAAUGUGCCAACCGAGCGUCUACAAGAUGACACAGUCCUCUAUUUAACGCCAGAAAGCUAGUCGCGUCGUCAUCAUAGCAACUUGACUCAGUCAGGCGGGGUCACGCUGCAAACCAGCCGGAUGUUUUGCGUCGCCACGAUAAAGUGACAGCAACAUUUGUUGGUGUGACACGGAGGCGAAUCGAAAAGCUUAACGGGCACCUGCGCACACUCCCAGCAGAAGCACCACGGUGUCGCCCUUAACAGGGGGACGUUGCAUUCUUUUCUUCGCCUCUUCUCCUGUGGGUGGGAAUGUUAUUUUAACGGCGAGCAUCUGCAGGGUUGCUGGUGCUCCAGAGGACCUUUUGAGCAAGUUGGGAUUGCUGCGGGACGCUGUGGCACAGAUGAGUCCAUCUUUGUGAGACGGCUGCGAUCAGCCCCACGUGACGGAUGUCCGAGACAGCUCCAUGGGCCAGAAGAACCAUGAGGAGGCAGGAGAAGGAUGCAUCCUCCACCUGGGGCUUGAGUAUCUCCAUGUAGUUGGUGCUGAGCGGCAGGCUGGCAGCCCCGACGGGCCUCCUGCCAUGGAGGAGCAGGGGGAGAGCGACCGCAGCGACGCCCCUACCCCCCAGGAAGGUUCUGACGCAGAGGGAGAACCACAGGCGUCUUCCUGCCUCACUCUUACUGCUGACCUCAGCCCGAACGGGGCAGAGAGCCCCGCAGCACACAGCAAGAGCAGCCACCAGCCGCUGUGCCGCACUCAGUGUGUGGACUUGGGGACCGAAGGGCCUCCCGAGCCCCCACCUCAGCUUCAGUCAUCAGAGCUUGAACAAGACCUCAAGUUCUCUCAAGAGUCCAACCCCUCUGCGUCCGAUCCGUCCCCCACGGCUGUGGACAAGGACUAUCGGGCCAAACUGGAUUUUGCGCUAAAGCUAGGCUACUCCGAGGAGACGGUGCGGCUGGUGUUGUCCAAGCUGGGGCCACAGACUCUCAUCAACGACAUCCUGGGAGAGCUGGUCAAGCGCGGCUCUUCGGAUGGCGAGCUGUCAGUGGCGUCAUCGGCCUGCACCUCAACAUCUUCAUCAUCCUGUUCCUCUUACAGUUCCACCGACUUGCAGACAGGUCAGAGAUUGGACUCGCCAUGUCCGCCAGAGUCGCUGUGCGAUCAGGACAACCUGCGGCCCAUCGUGGUGGACGGCAGUAACGUAGCCAUGAGCCACGGCAACAAGGAGGUGUUCUCCUGCCAGGGCAUCCAACUGGCGGUUGACUGGUUUUUAGAACGUGGCCACCAUGAUGUCACAGUUUUUGUCCCAGCGUGGAGGAAGGAGCAAUCCCGGCCGGAUGCACCGAUAACAGAUCAAGAGAUCUUGCGGCGCCUGGAGAAGGACAAGAUCCUCGUGUUCACGCCUUCACGCCGCGUCCAAGGCCGCCGCGUGGUUUGUUACGACGACCGCUUCAUCGUCAAGCUUGCUUACGAAUCGGACGGCAUCAUCGUAUCCAACGACAACUACAGAGACCUCGCCAACGAGAAACCCGAAUGGAAGAAGUUCAUCGAUGAGCGAUUGCUCAUGUACUCCUUCGUCAAUGACAAAUUCAUGCCGCCAGACGACCCUCUCGGCCGUCACGGUCCCAGCCUGGACAAUUUCUUGAGGAAAAGAGCGGUGGUGCCAGAACAGAAGAAGCAGCCUUGCCCGUAUGGUAAAAAGUGCACAUACGGCCACAAGUGUAAGUACUACCACCCAGAGAGAGGCGCUCAGCCCCAGCGGGCCGUGGCCGACGAGCUGCGAGCCAGCGCCAAGACCUGCGUCUCCGCCAAGACCCAAGGGGACUCCGGGCUAGUGAAGAGCCACAGCGUGCCGGUUGGUAGUAUCGAGGCGAAGAAAGGCGUAGUGAAACGACAGUCGGAUCCUGGUGUGCGAGCGCUGUCGUACAGUGACGCAGAGGAGAAGCUGUCCGCGAAGGGGAGGACAGAAAGCCAGAAGACCAACAUGUGUGCCAAUCACAGCGGUGCAGCGACCGCAUCCCCAGCCCCAGUCCCAGGGGGCCAAGACCAACAAUCUCGAGCGAGCACGCCUCACUGUGUCCCUCCAGCCCCCGGCCACGACCUCUACCCCCACUGUGAGUCCCCGGACCUGAACUACUACUCAGUCGCACACGCCUACAGCGGCCUCCGCAUCUCAUCCAGAAGGAGCCCAGACGCUCGCUUUUCCAACGAAGGCGACCUGCGGCUGGGGUCCAUGGGUUCAGCCGGCUCAGAAUGCGGCAGUGAAAGCAGUACAAGUUGCGGCAGCAGUUGCGACUCGUACGGCGAGCGGCCGUGUCACACUUGCCCCCAGGACGCCUUAGCGGACGACGGCAGCCAUUACGCCAGCCCGCACGGCCGGCCAUAUUUCCGCCAGGCCGCGUCAAGCCACGAACUUUGCAGCUUUCACUCGAGCGAUUAUGCAAAUGUUCCGCACAGUCAUGUGACUAACACAGGCGCACACAGCUACCACACCGGCGCCACGCGGACUCCAAGCUGGUCUCACGAUCAGGCUUCCGACGCCGUCCCCAAGCGACCUCUGUAUCCGUUACCUCUUCAUUUCCAGCACCAGCCGCUUGCUGCUCGAUCCAGCUGCCCGGGUGACUACCACACGGUGACCCCAACCAACCCCCCCGGCUCUCCUAUUGGGCGUUGCCUGGCCCCCACCAGGGCAGAGAGUGCAUCAGACUCUCGUCUUUAUGAGCAUCUCUACGCACCCCCCCACCACCAUCACCACCACCACCACCGGCUGAAAGCUCUGCCCGCCUGGGAUGCGUAUUACAGCGAGCCACCGCCGCCGCCACCGCCACCCCGGUACGGACCAGGCGCCUAUCAGAGCUUGUCGGACACCUGCCAGGCGUCAUGGCACCCACCUCAGUGGCCCCAAAAUGCCUACACACCACCACACUCGUCUCACCCCAUGCACUAUUUAAGUCACCCGCCUCACCCUCCCCACCUGGCACAGUCAUCGCUGCCGGAGUCGCCCACCCACAGCCGCUACGGGGAAGCCAGGGAGAAAGCGUACACCAACCUAUGCAACAUCUUCCCCUCGGAGCUUGUGAGCCGAGUGAUGGCGAGAAGCCCCCACGUCACAGACCCUCAGCAGCUUGCCGCCGCCAUCCUGGCAGAGAAAGCUCAGACGGGCUACUAAGACCACCGCAUCGACACAGAAUCAUCCCUGUUUCAACUGCGCCGUCAUUGGUCACCAAAAUCCAUCUUGUUUGUUGUUUGGGAUUUUUGCCCACUGAUGAGAAUGUGUGGUCUUGUUGGAGAUGACAAGUGUUGUGGCCCAAAUGGUCGCCGUGGCGAUGGGCCUACCCUGUGGUGUGUACCUUAGUUUUAGUAAGGGACAUCCCUCUUUCGCUAUAUAUAUAUAUAUACAGUACAUGGUGUAUACCUAUACAUGUACACACUGAUUUUGAUCUGUUGGGUUGACUGGAAUGUGCUACAGACAGAAUAUCUCUAAGUGUAUGUAGUGUAAAUAUAUUUAAUUGCUGUUGUCUGUAGCGGAUUCCAGAAGAAUCCACGAUGAGCCCUAUUUGAUACAAAUUGUAUCAGGAAAUGAGUCGCUGAUGUCAUACAGUAUGUGGACUUGUCACUCCAUGUGUAUCGCACACUCUUAAUGUAGUCAAGUUCCAACUCAUGAGCUAUGGUGGUGUUAUGAGCAGUUAUGUAGGGAAGAGAACUGCUUUGGGCGUUUGGGUUCAAGGCUUCUUUUCCGCAGUCCAAGUUGAGCCGUGAUCAGCGGUUGGUCGGGUCUUUCUCGCAAAGAGAGCACCGAUUCCGAGGCUGCUUUUCAAUGCGGAAAAGAAGCCAAUCCAAAAUCAAUAAUGUAACAAAGAAGCGCCUUCGCUCGGGCCUGCUGGCACCGUGUGUCAGCGUGGCCCCCCGAGCGUGGGCCCAAAGUAAUGCCACUACAUGGCAUCGUGCUUACGACACAUCCAAUACUCUGAACUAUGUUCAGCUAACUGUUGUGCAUGUUUCCGCGCCUUUUUAUUUGUGCACUUGUAUUGCAGCAUUGAAGGUUCACUCCAAUAACUAACAAUAACUUUAUUAUUGCAACUGUAACUGUGAUUGUUCAUUAAAGAGAACUGCUAAGAGGUCUAAUGUGUGGAAUUGAGUAUUAUUAGUAUUUGUAUGGCCCACAAUGGAAAGGUUUUCCGGUUUAAAAACUGCUGUAAUGUCUUUAAUAUUUAGGGGUCGUGAAAACAAAAGCUACGGCAUAAACUGAAAUGUAAUUUUUUUUAUUGGUGAUCCAGCAAACCAUAUUUCCAUAAAGAAUCCUCUAACAUAAACAUAUUGACUCAAAUAAACAACAGCACUGUGACAGCUGGUGCCAGAUCAUCAUCAUCAUCACACAGGUUGGCGUCACGGGGCGGGGCGAGACUUAAGAAAAUUGAAAAGCCAACCUUUUUUUAAACAACGAAAAUGUUCAUGGGCUGGUUUUAGUCUUUGGGAACGCAACUGAAAAGCACAUGAGCGUGUGUACCUGCCGUUGGCAAACAUGUUACACAGAGAGGGCAGGCAAAGAGCUUUAAAAAGCCCUGGACCUGCACCAGCUGUCAAGUAGAGUUAAAUACCAGCAUGAAAGCGUUGUUGGGACUGUUAAGAGAAAAAGUUAUCGAGUGGGUUUGUUGGAAACGUGCAAAGACGACGAUCCACUUGAAUUGAUGACGUGAAAUGGGAGUUGCUUGCCAAUGCAGUCGUCAAGCCCACCUCAGACCACGUUGCGUAUUCCGUACGUCUCUAAAAUGCAGCUGAACACUAAGGCCACCUCGUUUUUGGAAAGGGGGGAGCGGGGCGCGGCAAAGAGGUAGACUGAUGUUCAGGAGCUCCGCGGCCGGUUGCAAAGUGAUGCAUCUACACCAAGGCUCCGUGAGACAUCACACUUCCCAGCCGGGGGCUCAGUGCCUAACGUACUUUCCCUUUGUCACCUUUGCUACAUUCAUCCAUCCACACCUGACAGGUGAUGGGUCGGGUCGGGUCGGGUCAGGUAUCCCCCCCUCCCCAAUACAAUGUGAAAUGAAGUAAUACAAACACAAAAAUCCAGUUUGAACGGAUAUACUUCAGAACCCUUUUGAAGUUAAACAUCAGUUUUUUGUAUCAUCUACAUGCCCCCCUUCCAAUCCUGCUCUCUGUGGGGGUCUAGUCCUUGGUGGAGCCUCAGACUUUGAGAGGUGGCUAAAAACAAACGCUAAAAUGAUUGAAACAAAAACGGAAGAAGGUAAAAGCAAAAAGAGGGCAGACAUACUGUGACGAAAAGAAUCCAUGUUGUUGUCUGUAGUGUGAUGCUGUCACGCGUACUGGGUUGGAUCUCUGGCACACACACAUAUCCCCAAUUCUUAAGCAGGGCAUGA